AGAUUUGGAGGAGUUAGCAGUUUGAGCUAACAGAGCUCGAGCGGACCGAUCACACACGCUCCGGUGAAGCACGCGCUCUUUACCGGUUUCAGCCCCAUGAGUUAACCGGGCUCGUGCAGACAUUAGAGAGAGAGAGUAGAGGGAGAUUAGAGAGAGAUGGACCCGCGGACAGAAGAGCUGGAGGACGGAGAGAUCUGCGACGAUGAGCCCGAGGAGCGUGAUCCUCCACGGGGGGGGGAGGGGAGCAGGCCGGGAGAUCCUCCACUGAGAACCCCCCAUCAGCCCGGCCACCUGGCCGGCCACCAGCCUCACAACUUGCUGCCAGACCUCCGCCUCCUGAAGCCGUACCACCGUGGACCCCCCUUCCAACCGAGCCACCGGCAGCCCGAGCGGCCCGCCAGUCCUCCGCUGCUCGGUCCUCCGCCGAGCCCGAGGUCCAGCUUCUGGGAGCGGAGCCACGGGGCGCUGGGCCGCUUCAGGCACCGGGCCGUGCCAAACCGAGGGGGUCGGAACCAAGGGGCCCGGGGCGCCAGAGGGGGCCGGGGUCGGUUCGGUACCGGAGAGGGGCCCCUGGCUCGGUUCGGUCCUGGAGAGGGUCCUGUCGGUCGGUUCGGUACUGGAGAGGGUCCAGUCGGUCGGUUAGGUCCAGGAGAGGGUCCUCUCGGUCGGUUCGGACCCGGAGAGGGUCCCCCUGCUCGAUUUGGUCCUGGAGAUGGUCCUGUCGGUCGGUUCGGUCCUGGAGAGGGUCCCCCACCUCGGUUCGGUCUGGGAGAGGGUCCCCCACCUCGGUUCGGUCUUGGAGAGGGUCCCCCACCUCGGUUCGGUCUUGGAGAGGGUCCCCCACCUCGGUUCGGCCCCGGAGAGGGUCCUGUCGGUCGGUUUGGCCCCGGAGAGGGUCCCGUCAGUUGGUUUGGUCCCGGAGAGGGUCCUGUCGGUUGGUACGCAGGAGAGGGUCCUGUCGGUCGGUUCGGUCCCGGAGAGGGUCCCCCAGCCCGGUUUGGGCCCCUAGAGGUUCACGGUAACAAGAAGGACUCCCCCUCUAGAAAACAAAAACCAGUGAGGGCCCAAGGCAGGAGGCCGGCUCAUGGUCUCUCUAAAGCAGAGAGCGGCGGGGACGAGUCCUUCGAGGACCUCCUGUCCAAAUACCGGCAGAUCCAGCUGGAGCUGGAGAGCAUCCGCAAGCAGGAGACCAUGGCCCUGCAGCCCCCCGGGCCCCCUGCCAAAGACCAGGACCCCCAGUGCACCACUACACUCCUAGAGACUGGUCCUGGACAAACACCUGGACCAGCACCAGCAGAGGAGCCUUCUGAGCUGGAGAAGGCAGAGAAGAAAGUCUUCCAGGCGUUCAACAUCAAGCCCCUCCGUCAGAAGCUCCCCCCGCCGGCCCGACUGCAGCUGAGCGGGGCGCAGGGUGAGGGGCAGGAAGCAGGCGCUGCAGAGGAAGAGGAGCAAGCAGCGGGUGCAGCAGGAAGUGAACCAAAAGCUGAUGAAGAGGAGGAGGAAGAGGGGAAGAAGAAGAAGAAGUGUGUGUGCUGCAGCGAGGAAACCAACGAAGAAGAGAAGAACAACUGUGUGUGCUGCAGAGAGUCAUCGGCCUCCAGCGAGGAGGAGGCGCCGGAUAAGCCGCUGGUGAAGGUGGAGGAGGAGGAGGUGUCGGAGCUGUCGGAGCUGCAGCUGCGCCUCCUCGCGCUGCAGUCGGCCAGUAAGAAGUGGCAGCAGAAGGAGCAGCAGGUGAUGAAGAGCAGCAGGGAGCGCAUCACUAAAGCCGUGCAGCAGGAGAAGGGGGCCGUGCAGCAGAAGAGGGGAGCCGUGCAGCAGGAGAGGGGAGCCGUGCAGGAGAGGGGAGCCGUCCAGCAGGAGAAGAGAGGCCCCAUCCAGCAGGAAAGGAGGAGCACCAUGCAGAAGGAGAAGAGAUGCCCCAUCCAGCAGGAAAGGAGGAGCACCAUGCAGGAAAGGAGGGGUACCAUGCAAGAGAGGAGGAGCACCAUGCAGGAGAGGAGGGCUACAAUGCAGCGAGAGAAGAGGAGCACCAUGCAGCAGGAGAGGAGCCCCAUACAGAGAGUUACCAGGUCCUCCUCCGCUGCAGAGAGGAGCAGAACCAGGUCUGGAGACUCAGAGAGAGGGGGCGCUGUGACGAGGACUCACCUGAACAAGAAAAUGAUCAGCCCAGGCUCGAAGGUGAAGCAGGCCUUCAGGAAGCAGCAGCUGAGGACCUGGAAGCUGCAGCAGCAGAGGGAGCAGGAGGAGGAGGAGGAGCGCCGCAAACGGGAGGAGGAGGAGCGUCGCAAACGAGAGGAAGAGGAGCGCCGCAAACGAGAAGAGGAGAUCCGUAGGAUCAGAGACCUGUCCAACCAGGACGAGCAGUACAACCGCUUCAUGAAGCUGGUUGGGGGGCGGCCCCGUACCCGCAGCAAGUCCCGGGAUGUGGAGCACAGGAAGUCUGCAGGUAAACAGGGCCUGGACUCCUCGGGGAAUCUGUACCAGUACGAUAACUACGACGAGGUUGCCAUGGAGACAGACAGCGAGCCCGCCUCCCCAGCAGCGUCCCCUCCUGCAGACGAGGCCACAGACUUCCAACAGAUCACAGAUUGUCUGCACUUCACUCAGGAUUUCUCUCAGCCGUUCUUCCCCCCCAUGCUGUGUGGCCUGCCUCCCCCUCCUCCACCCCUCCCCCCCCCAGACGAGCUGGAGCCCCCCCCCAAACCUCCCUUUGCUGAUGAGGAGGAGGAGGAGGAGAUGCUGCUGAGGGAGACCUGCCUGAUGUCCAUGGCCCACAAGAGAGUGACGCCAGCAGAGGAGAAGAGCUCCAGCGCUCCCCCCUACCCCGACUGUUCUCCAUCAGCAGAUCUUCAGCAGCCAAUCAGAAGCAACCUGAGCAGCGUCAGCCUGAACACUGUCAGCCUGAACACCGUCAGCCUGACUCGUAGCAACAAGUUCAGCAGAGGAGCCCGGGCCCCCCUGGUUCUGCCCCGACACAAGGCGGUGGUGGUCUCUCUCCGAGAUUCUGAAGACAGCGACUCUGACGGAGAUACACAGCCGGCCUUCGGAGGCCUGGAGUUCAUGAUCAAGGAGGCCCGCCGGACUGUGGAGGCAGCGAAGCCGAAGGCGGCGUCGGGUUCUGAGAAGGAGAACAACCCGGGCCGGACCCCAGAGGCUCUCCCUGAAGCCCAGCGGGCUGAGUACCGGCAGCUGAAGGAGGAGAUCGCCAGCCGGGAGAAGCAGAAGAUGCUGAAGGAGCUCGGGGCUCCACUCCGGGGCUCCUCCUCUCCCUCCGUCCCCGACGCUGUGCAGGAGGCGACCAUCAGAGCUGCUGCAGAAUGCCGACUCAGCGAAGCAGAACAGAGGCUUAGCAGGCACAGGGAGCUGCAGCAGAGGGACGAGGCUGUGCUGCGACACCUCCUGCAGCAGGAGCAGAAGAAGAGGGAGUCUCUGAAGGCGGCGGAGGGGAAGGUGCUGAGAGCGCGGGAGCAGCUGCAGGCGGCGGAGAAGGUGGUGAUGGCCAACAGGACACUGCUGAAGAAGCUGCAGGAGCAGGUGCAGCGGGUGGAGCAGCGCGUCUCUCUGAAGCAGAGUGUGUGUGAGCGGCUGCAGCUGCAACUGUCGGCGGCGCAGCAGGCUGCAGGAGGCGGAGCUAAACGCAGAGCAGACCCCAUCCACAGCCAGACAACGAAGCAGCGGCGUGUGGACGGCGGCCCCCGGGGGGCGGGGGGGCACUUUGCAGAGCUGCUGGCUCAGAAGCAGCGUCUGCAGCAGCUGGAGGCGGAGUAUGCUCUGAAGAUCCAGCAGCUGAAGGACCGGCAGGCCCUCCGAGCCGCCCUCCCCUCAGAGCUGCCACCCCCCUCAGAGCUGCCCCCUCCACAAGUCUCAACCCACCCACAAACCCCAGCCCCCUCCUCCCCCCUCCCCCUGCCGCAGCCCUCCCUGCACGACCUCACCCAGGACAAGCUGACGCUAGACAGCGAGGAUGAGGCCGAGGAGCCCGCCCCCACUGCUGCUGCUGUGGGGGAGGGGGGCCGCCGCCGGUCCCUCCGUCAGUCAUGCUGCUCCUUCACCAAACCCCACCUGGAGCCACCCGGCUCCCCCAAAGAAAAGCCCCUCCCGCUCCCCCCCAGGCCAGAGCUGUUCGGUGGACUGCAGCUGGAGGCUCUACAGCAGGGUGGGGGGCCAGGGGGGCUCGGGGAGCUGCUGCAGAAGGAGCUGCUGCUCCUGGGGGGGGACGUCCACUGCCCCCCCAAUGCACAGGUGGUUUCCGUGGAGAUGGAUGCAGCCAUCAGCCAAUCUGGGAGCGGGGAUCUGAAGCCUGUCCCCUUCACAGCCUAUCACAGCCCCCUGCUGGUCUUCAGGUCCUACAGGUUCAGCCCCUACUUCCGAACGAAGGAAAAGCUGCCUCUGAGCUCCCUCACCUACAGCAACUGCAUCGAGGCCAGGAGGAGCUUCUGCCGCUUCGAGCUGAGCGGCACCUGCAACGACGACCUCUGCCGAUGGCAGCACAUGAGGGACUGCACGCUCACAGGAAACCAGCUCCUGCAGGACUUCCUGUCCUACAACCUUUCUCUGAUUGGCUGCUCAGAGACCAGCUCAGACCAGGACAUCAGUGUGUGCACAGAGCGUUACAUGCAGCAGCUGUUUGGUUCUAACUCUGUCCGGAUGUCUCUGGAUCAGAAGGCGGUGCUGCUCGUCAGCAAGGUGAACGAGAGCCGGCGCCACGUGCCCCCCUUCACCACCUGUAAGGACCCCAGGACCUGGAGGCCCUCUGCUCAGAACAGCGCCUCCCCCCAGGAGGAGAGUGAGGACGAGUCUGCAGCGGGGGAGACCAUGGAGGGGCGGAGGCACGACCCUGGGGGUGUGUCUCUGGACGUUUGUGUCUCCUCGGAGGACAAACGGUACUUCCUCAGCGAGACGGACGACCUCUCAAACCUGGAGCUGAGCGUCCUGCAGAGCCCCCGCGACACCCAGCUGUGGAUCAAACUGGCCUUCAAGUACCUGCAGCAGAGCGAGCCGUGUGCAGCGGAGGGUCUGGAGGCGGCCCUCAACACGCUGUCCCGGGCCCUGGAGAGUAACUGCGGGGACCCCGAGGUGUGGAGCCACUACCUGAGCCUGUUCUCCAGGCGGGGCAGCCGGGAGGAGCUGCAGCAGAUGUGUGAGAUGGCGGUGGAGCAUGCGCCGCACUACAGGGUGUGGUGGGAGUACCUGCAGCUGGAGGGGUCCUUUGAGGGGAAGGACUUUGUGUGUGAGCGCCUGCUGCAGUUCCUGCUGACGCCCCCCACCUCUGACGGAGACUCCUCCCAAGACUCCUUCCAGCUGAUGGAGGCGCUGCUGUACCGGGUGCAGCUGCAUGUGUUCAGCGGGCGAGGGGGCAGCGCGCUGGCUCUGCUGCAGGGCGCUCUGAAGGCUCCUCAGCAGUGCAGCCUGGCGGACCACCUGUCUGUCCCUCACCGCGCUCUGCUCUGGCUCUGCUUCGUCCACCUGACAGAGUUCAGCCGGCUGCCGGCCGCCCUCUUCCUGCCGGCCGAGUCCGGGCCCGGCCGCCUCGUCAGCACUGACCACUUUGUGCUGCCCUGGAGGACGCCGCAGGACAUCAGCACGCCAACAGACACUCUGAUUGCUUUGCUCCAGGACGGCGUGCUGCAGUGCAGUGACGAGCGUCUGUCCGUCAGCGAGAGGACUCUCUCCUGCCUUCCUCUGCACCACAACCUCCUCUUCCUCUACCGCCUCCUGGAGAGGUAUGAUGAGGGUGUGGCCCUCUGUGAGGCGCUGCUGCAGGUGUGUCCUGACUCCGCCCCUCUGAGAGUCUCUCUGUCCCAGCUGCUGCUGCUGAGGGGGGACGCAGAAGGGGGGCUCAACACCUGGCUGCACGCUCUGACCAAGAGCCCCCACAAUGCCGAGCUGCUGUACCACUGCUGCUGCUUCCUCAGAGCUCAGGAAAGGUGCAGCGCCAUAGCUCCGCUGGUCCGAGGCUUCAUGCUGUCGCUGUGUGAGGAGCAGCAGAGCGUCAGGGACCCCGUGGACGUCCUGCGGCAGCUGCUGGGUUUCCCCAGCGAGGAGCUGCAGAGAGCGCCCAUCAUCAGGGAGCUUCAGGAGCCGCUCCGCCAGCAGAGGCCCUACCUGCACCUCAUCCACUGCUGCUGGCAGUGGCUGCACGGCUCAGUGGACCACACUGUGGACGCUUACGAGAGAGCACUGGGGUCCGUCCUGCAGCGGGACCAGCUGCAAACUCUGUGGAUGGAAUACCUGGAGUUCAGCUCUGUGUCCCUGAGUCGGUCCAAACGGUUCUCAAAUCUGAUCCAUCGCUGCCUCAGCACCGUCCCGUCCCGCCUGUCUGUCCCCUUCAACCCCGCUGAGUUCUGGAGCUGCUACACCUUCCACAACAAGGUUGUAAUGCUCUACCUGAGCUGUCUGCCGCAAUCCCAGCAUGCUCUUGUUCUGGAGAGACUAAGAUAUGCCAUGCCCAACAACACUGAACUUGGUCUGAGGUUGCUGCAUCAGGAGUGGCAGGACGGAAACAUCGAGCAUCUGAAGUUCCAGGUCCGGAUGCUGAGCAGCCAUUCUCCCAAGUGCCUCGCCUACUGGAACAUAGCGAUAGCUGUGGAGAAGGAGCUGAAGCAAACUUCUGAGGUGCGACGUCUGUAUCAGCAUGCUCUGACCAACCUUCCUCUUUGUGCUGAGCUGUGGAAACAUCGCCUGCUGGCUGCAGCAGCUGCAGGAGUUGGACCCCCGCGGCUGCGGAGGCUGCUCUCCAGGGUUCAGCAGGUGGGAGUGAGUCUCGGUCUCAGUGAGCAUCUCACUUUAGUGACCGAAGAUCAGUGACAUUAAAGAUUAAUAAGCUGUAGAUGAGUGAGAGCAGACCGAGGUAAGACGGACCCCCCCCCACCCCCCACCCCCCACAGAGUGUCCACAUGUGUCUCAUCAUGGACGUAAGUAUAGACCUGCUGAGUGACCUGGUGAUGAAUUCAUGUUUUUGUUUGUCACUUUUCAUUUGGACCUCAUUCCCUCCCUUUUUAUUUUACCUGAGCCCUCUCACCCCCCCCCCCCCCCCCCCCCCCCCUUCUGUAGCAAUGCUGCAUCUGCACGUUGUGUUUUCUUUGUCUCCUGAGGAAACACAAGACUUUUAUUUUGUUAGAGAUCAAACUGAAUAUUUUGAGAGACUGACUCGCUGCAGGACUCGCUGCUCUGCUGGGUUUUUUGUCAAAGUUCUACCAUAAAGUGAUGAAAGAGUACCAGAGCGCAGAGGAGACCUUCCACUGAUGUUUUUUACAUGUUGGAUUUAAAUGUUAUUAAAUUAUUUUCUAAAUAUAA